AUGGAUGAACUGCUCAGACUCGAUGUGACAGUUUUGUGGACAGUUUUGUGGACAGUGAUGUGGACAGUGAAGGUGGUGGGGGUCAGUGUGCUGGCUGUCUCUGUGACUGUGGAGCUGCUCAACUGGCUUCGUCGUAGAUAUAAAAAGAGAAAACCCCUGAAUGAAGUGCUCUUUUUCCCCUCUGAGGUGGCCUGUGUGGAGCAUCUGCUCAGUCCCUCUGCGCCUCACCCGUGUUACUGUGCGUUGCCUCAUGGUGUUGACACGUCCUUCUCUCGUCUCCUUCGCCACGUCCUGUCUGCGUCCUCGUCUUUGGACCUGUGUGUUUUUGCCUUCUCCAACACAGACCUGUGCAGGGCCGUCCUCUCACUGCGGAAAAGGGGCGUGGUCAUCCGCGUCCUCAGCGACAAGGAUUACAUCGCCAUAAACGGAUCCCAGAUCGGGCCACUCCGUAAGGCAGGCAUCUGUGUUCGCUCUGACGGCGGCGCCGUCUACAUGCAUCAUAAGUUUGCACUGGUGGACGGGAGCUUACUCAUAAGUGGCUCCCUCAACUGGACGCUGACCGCAGUGCAGGCCAAUAUGGAGAACCUCAUCGUCACCAUGGAGCCCGAGCUGGUGAGGCCCUUCGUCCAGGAGUUUAAUCGUCUUUGGGAGCUCAGUGACCCCGCUCGAACUCUGUCAAACGGCGUCCAGACUGAGCUGGAGCGCACUGCAGGACACGACUGA